GGAUUUUGAAUCAUACAGCCGAGCUAGCAAGCGAGCAUUAAUAAUUUUUAGUCUUAAUUAUCAUCAAAAACCAAGUGGCAUUUUGUGCAUCACGUAAAUUGCAACUACUUUGAUAUUUGAAUCAGAAAAUUUGAAGUAUAAAAGACAGAUUGUUGUAUUCUUAUAACUGGCCAGUAUAAUUAUUGACCUUAGUCGAUUCUAUAUUUUUACCGACAGUCAUUUGUCAAUUGUUUUUAUUAAAAUUUAAUCAUCGCAUGUUGUUCCCCUGAAACAUCAAUAAUUCCAAAUGUUUGCAUUUGUUUGUCACAACCUUGUAUGAACAUCUUAUUAUUUAGCACUUGCUGGUUACCGACAUGAUUUUUAAUUGAUAAUAUUUUUAAAUACAUUCAGGUUAUAGUACAGAAUUUCAUAAAUAUCCUACUGGUAAAUUUUUUACCAUUAAUUAACUGAUAAGUUACAUAUUGGAUGUUGGUACUGACGAUUCCGGUGCUUGUUUUCAUCAAUAUAUCCAAUGGAUUGGUCUGCGAUCAGAAAUCACUUUAAGCAGACUUGGUUGACAACAAUUUUAAGUCUUAUUUUGUUUUCGGGCGUGACAUAUUUCUUAUUAUGGGCUGAGAGUCAAACAAUCCAAAGUAACUUAAUGCUGGAAGAGUUAAUGUCAGCAGCAGAGACUAUUGAUGUUCACAUAGAAGAUGAGCCAUUGCGGUAUGAGGGGCGUGUUGUGCACAUUGUUGGGCCGUUACGCAUCCUUGAGCCAAUAUCGGAGCCUGAUUACAACAUACAUGUUCAGGCUGUGAAAUUAUAUUAUCGUAUAAUAUUAUUUGUUAUUUUUUAUAUGUCUAGAGAACAAGAUAACUUUCUCAGUGAGCCCGCAGAAGAGUCACAGAAAACCUACUGGUAUCAUAAAGACUGGAGGGACUAUGUGGUGGACUCCUCCCUGUUCUACAUCAGACCCGGCCAUCACAACCCUACAUCCAUGCCCUUAUUCAGUGAAACACACAUAGCUGAAAAUGUAAAAAUUGGAUGGCUUUAUUUGAGUUUGGAUGUAAAGCGGAAAGUGAAUGACUACUAUGAGAUUUGGUCUGACUCCAGGCCAGAGCGCAGUGACAUAAAACUACAUUCAGGUUUUUACUAUCACGGAGACAGUGCUUUAGAGCAUGAAAUUGGUGACCUGCGUGUUCACUUCACUUAUGCAGGCCGUGAAGAUGACAUUUAUACUGCCGUUGGUGUUAUAGAAAGUGGGACUCUCCAACCAUAUAGUCCAGCAUCUUUUCCCACUGCUGAUCCAAUAUCGAUUCUGCGUAAGGGCUCUUACAGUUUGAAACAGCUUCAUAAUUUGGAGAAACGAGAUGCAAACAUACACACUUGGAAGUAUAGACUCCUUGGUUUUGUUCAAGUUUUUGCCUCUGCAAUGACUUUGCAUCCAGACUGGGUAACAUUGUUCCUACAAUGUCAAUGGAUAUCAAGUAACCUAAGGCGCUGUACGCGAGUGUGGGUGAAUUUAGUGUUGUCAUUCUCCUAUACUUUACUCAUCAUAUCUAUUCCUUGGUUAAUUCACAAGCCAUCAUUCGGCGCGAUAGUGUUCGGAGGCGCGAUCCUGCCGCUCCUGCACUACUCCACGGUGCUCACUCGGCGGGAGCUGACGCCGGAGCCGCCGCCCUACACGCGCUGGAACGACGACAUGCGUUGAGCAAAUGACCCUUGUCGACGCACGCACCCUUCCUGCUAUUCCCUGAUAAGGCUCAGCUACAUUAUCGCCGAGUUUCUUGACAUGUUUGCGAACUUCGAAUAUUUGAUAUACAUUCUCGUGUCUGGAUGUGCCUGACUUGGCGAUAAUGUAACUAAGCCUGUGGCGUAACGCAGCAGUGUUCCGCGCUGAGCCGCGUUACACGUAGAAGAUACCGACCACUGAUGAACUUCUGUAUAAUAACGAACAGUACAAACAGAGCAAUAACAUUUGAUUAUCGUAUGGGUAUCAAUUAAAUAUUUUUUUUAUUUUUAUCCUAUUUUGGUUAUUUUUGCCUUGUUUUUAUUAAAGAAAACUGUAAUAGGGGACCGGCCUAUGCUUGAUUUUGUCCAUUAUUCUAUAUAUAAUG